AUGUCAGAAUCAGAUAUUUCUCAUUUAAAUCAUGAGAAUUCGGAUUUAGAUAAUCCAAUGAGGGUCGUUAUUGUCAUAAACAGCACGUCUCAUCCUGAUGGCGAAUAUGAGGAGAAGCUUGUAGAUAGCAUCCAAAGUUUCGAACAAAUGAACAAUUUCUUCGACAGCUUCGAUGAAUCAGUUGCAUUGCCCAAUGAGGGCCAUAUAAAGUACGAAGUCGGUAGCGAUGGUCUUGUUGUGAUUGUGGUCGAUUCCUUGGAGUUGAAGCAUAAGGCUCUCGAGUUUAUCGACACUUAUAUUACUGAAGAUGCCAAAGAUAGCGAUGAGCAGGUAUCCAAAAAUAGUUAA